ACCUGACCUAUUUCACUUUGCAUUAUUCUCUUUUAAAAGGCAACCAUGCAAGUAAAUUUCUAACUGUAUUUGUACUUCAGAUAGAUGUAUAGAUAGAGGAAUAGUUCGUGAACUGUUUUUUCAAGGUUGACAACGGAUCUGACAAACUCUUUGCUUGCUAGUAUAACGAUAACAUAUAUAUAGAUACUUCAGUGACCAGUUGAUGGUUUUACUUUAUUCGCACUACUUGCCAUAAUGUCGAAACAACAACCGAAAACCAUCCAAGAAUUACUGACACCGUGUUUCGUGGUUGACAAACUGAUUUUAAACAGAAAUGCAGAAAAAAUGCUGCACACAUCUAAAAGUCUUGGAGUGCAGCUUCGACCCCACAUGAAAACACAAAAGACAUUAGAAAUUGGGGAGCUCAUGACUGGUGGUACCAAAUCAACUAUAUGUGUAUCAACAGCAAAUGAAGCUAUAUUUUUCUCUAAAGGAGGAUUUAAAGAUAUAUUAUAUGCUGUACCAAUAUCAGAACAAAAGAUUCACAUAUGCCAGAAAUUGGUGAAAGAAGGAGUAGAUUUGAAGCUUAUGUUUACCAGUUAUUAUGGAGUUGAAUGUAUGAAAAAAAAUCCUCGACCUGAUGGUGCCAAAUGGUCGGCUGUUUUGGAGGUUGAUUGUGGAUAUGGUCGAACCGGAGUUGAGUUUGAUAGUGACGAAUUGGUAGGAAUUGGCAAGUCUGCAUCUGAAGCAGACAACAUCGACUUCAUGGGGUUGUAUACUCAUUGCGGUGACACUUAUGAUGCAAAAAAUGUGGCCGGAAUACAAAAUAUAAAUGACAGUACAUCGGAUCGACUAAAUGAAGCAGCAAAACGAUUAACUGAUAAUGGCAUCAAGUGUCUAGUAAUUGGUACCGGAAGUACUCCCGGAUGUAAUCAGCCGACUCCCAAAAUGGCAAAUCUUACGGAAUUUCAUCCUGGUUGUUACAUUUUUAAUGAUCUUUCAAUGACGAUGAAUGGAGCAAAUUUAAUAUCAGACAUAGCAAUUAGGGUUGCUACUCGGGUAAUAGACCAUAAAAAAUCUAAAAACUACCUUAUCAUUGACUGUGGUUUUACGGCUUUGAGUUUGGACGGAAUACAAGAUGGUAUGGGUUAUGAAGGAAUGUGUUCAUUUCAAGGUCAUCCUGAACUGAAGUUGAAAGGAAUGACCCAGGAACUAGGGAAGGUGUCAGCAGCGUCUGGGACUAUUGAUUUAAAUAGAUAUCCUAUUGGUACCAUACUGUUUAUAUACCCUUGGCAUGCUUGUCAUACAGCGGCUCUUCAUCCAGUGUACUAUGUACAUGAUGGUGAUAAUGUUACUGAUGCUUAUAGACCAACACGUGGAUGGUGAAGAGGGGUUAGCCUUGUCAAAACAUGAACUUGUCAAUAUAUUCCCCCUUCUGUCUAAAUUAAGGCACGAUGUCAAUGCCAUGUUCAUGUGGUCUAAUGUCUUCAGAUGUGUAUAGUACUUUGUCAAAUGUAUACGCCGAAAAGGUGAAUUAAAAACUAUAUCAAAUCU